CACCCCUAUGCACUUGCACUUUCAGUACAUGAUGCUUUCUGCGUUUCGCUUAUGCACUCAAGAAGAAGAAAAAUACGUAGCCGACGGAUGACUGCAAUAAGGUAGAGAACGAAGCGAGCAGUCCGCUCAACGCCUAUGCGUCAUCAUGCACGUCGCACCUGAAGACGUCUUCCUGAUGGCCCAUUUUUUACGGCUCUAAAGAAGUAUCGGUUACAGCGCACGUACUGUGGAUGGUGGACAUGACGGCCGCGUCAGCGAACGACAUGCUUCGACGAAGCACCACGUUCGGGAACUUUUUGCCACGGUGCAUCGUCCUCAACGUCCUCGUCUUGUACGUGUGUCGCAAGUAUGCAGCAGCAGACGAGCAGGAAUACCGGCUAACACGCUACCUGAUGUCCAAUUACGACCCUGCAGUCCGGCCUUCGUUCAACUCUACUCUGCCACUUCGUGUGGAGAUCGAUUUGGCUCUGCUACAAGUCCUCCAAGUGGACGCCAAAGCUCAGGUCCUGUCGACGAACUGCAGACUCAUUCAGCGGUGGAUCGAUGCACACCUGAAAUGGAACUCUUCCGACUUCGGCGGCAUUGGAGUACUGCGAAUUCCGGCACCGCAAGUGUGGAAGCCCGAUGUGGUCCUCUACAACAAUGCCCAGGGCGGAGAUCAUCGGACGAGUCUGCUCAGUAGCAAUGUGGUUGUCCGGUCGAGUGGCGAAGUGAGCUUCCUGAGCCAGGCGUCGUUCGCAAGUACAUGUCACUUCGACCUGCGCUACUUCCCCUUCGACGUUCACGAUUGCCACUUGCACUUCGUCUCGUGGACCUACGACACUUUACAGGUGGAACUGGAACCGGUGCAAGGAAGUGAAGCCGACCAAGAUUCGCGCCAGGGUCACGGCGAAUUUGAUGUAGACUCGGUGACAGUAACUCAGCACGUGCGGAGGCACGGCAUGGGCGAAGGUGCUCCUUCUUUUCGUGACGUGACAUUCUCCGUGAGGUUGAGAAGACGUCCAGCUUACCACCUGGUGAGCCUGGUGCUUCCGUGCGUGCUUUUGAACGCGCUUGCCCUGCUCAGCUUCCUGGUGCCUUGCGAGUCGGGCGAGAAGCUCACUCUCGGUGUCAACACUCUUCUCUGCUCGGCUCUCUUUCUCGUGCUUGUGCGGGACAGUUUGCCGCCCACGCAUUCCAUGCCCAUUAUAUGUUUAUACUACGGUGUGACCGUGUUACUAGUGACAUGUGCGGCUGGGUUCAGCGUAUUGACACUGAGCCUUCAUCAGCGCGGAGCUCGUGGCCUCGAGCUUCCGAGAAGCCUUCGUUCUUUCGUAUUGGGCUAUCUAGCCCGGUUAUUCUUCCUCGGAUGCUGCUCGGGGUCGCCAGCAAAAACAAAAAGCUGUGACUUGACGAAAGACCCCAAGUCAUCACAUCCCCUCCAGCAACACAGUCCUAUCCAGCACUUUGACUCUGACAAACUCGAGCUCGACCACAUCGAACGGUACAACUUCUCUCCACGACUACGCCACCGGAAGGAGUUCUGCGCGGGACUAGGCGGCGUCGGCGGCAGCAUAAUCGGCGGCGUCGGGCCGCCGUCGCAGCCCGGGGCCACUCCCGAGGUGACCUGUGCCAGUUCCUCGGACGAGUUUGAAAAGCAGUUCCUGCGAGUGCUUGCCAAGGUGUACGACACGAUCGAGAAGAAUGAGCAUCGGACAGCUGAGCGGGACAGGCGCGACACCAUUCGCUCAGACUGGCACCAGGUGGCGGUGGUGUGCGACCGCGUCCUACUAGCCGUCUUCUUGUUGGCUAUGGCUAUCGCCACGUUUCUGGUGUUGUUCUCUUCCCGAGAGUGAAAUUAGGACUUGGCUUCGGGCUAAGCGCUUGCGGUGAGACCAUCAUCUAAGACAAAGCCUUCCUCGGCCUUCUAACAGAGCACCCUAAUGCAGUACUACCAAAAGUAAUUACAGUAAAGCUACCAUCUUGGUAUCUCAGUUACGCUUCCUCGGAACGCGAUUAUGCGAUCAUAUUACGUAAUUAGGUACAUGCCUAAAGGAGCGGUCGAUAAGUAAAACGGUCAAUAAUAAUUUUCGUAAAACAGAUUUAUACAGAAAGUUGAUACAAAAGGUUUCAUAAUCUUGAAAUAUUAAUUGGCCGCGUGAUUGGACCGGAGGAAGAAUACACAUCCGUGUGCCAUUGGUUGCUCUAGGUUCCACGCCACGAAGAAUCUCGUGUGAUGAUCUCGUAGUAACAGAUUGGCAGUCGUUAUUUUCUUGAAGAGUAGUGUCAAUAAAAUUUUCAAAAAAAAUGUUAAAAUUCGUCAUAAGAGAACCUCCGGUAAAACUUUCGUUAUACGGUUUUAGAGUACUCCAAUUUAUGCAUAAUCCUAGGUAUUUCAUCUGUGGACGCCUAUCUGAGCUACAGGGUGCAGCUUCUCGUUUUUUUAAUUGUGUAUUUUCUUUUUUCCUAUAUUUCAUACGCGAAGGCCUCCUAUCCGGCGUACCUGGUCUUGCUCCACCUCAUCGUCGGCAAAGUUCAUACACGGACAACACUAAUGUAAUGAGACUGGGUUUACUCUAGAGCAUAACCGGCAGGUCGUAUUAUCUUUCGCCGCGACAGUACGAAUAGACUUGCUCAUUUCUUUGGGAUUAGAGUAACAACGUGCACGCUGAUGUAGCACUAAUUAGGAGACCAUAAGUCGAGGCAGCUGUCCUUGUCCCUGAGGACCUCAUUUAUGCUGCUGGAUUACCUCCAAGGCUUUCCAAGUUGACCCUGGCGGCCUAAGAGAUACCCUGCGGAAAUGGGAUCUAAUGUCUAUAGCAAGUUAAUAUUUUCUGCUCAAGUAAUAAAAUCCGCGGAAUUAUAUUUUGAAAAACUUUCGUAGAAACACGCUAUUAACCAUUCACAUCAUAGUGAAACACGACGCUUUGACUUCUGUCUGUUCUUUUUUUUUUUUUUUGUCUUCCUGAUCUUGCUGGUUUCGUUCUUACGGUAUAUGCCUCCUGAGAUUCGUUUGCGCUGCAGCUUUAGUGAAAGACAUCAAAAACAUUAGCAGGAUUAGCCGCAAACAUUAUUCGAUAAAACUAAUUGUCAUUCUAUCUGAGGAGCCAAAGUGCUUUGCUCGGCGCUUCC